CUAGGAAUAACAUUUCUGCAGGGAUGGGAUGUGACCCGCAUCUGCAGCGCAGGAACAAUGUGCAAGGUGCAGUACAACCAGCUUGCCCUUAGGGGGCAGCACUUGCCAUUGAUACUUGGCUGUCUCCUCUUUAAGGCGAGCUAGCACAAUUGAAGAUGAAGCCUGAUUGCCGGAGCUAAGCAAUUGCCGGAGCCAAGCCGAUGACAUUUCCUUUGAAAGCUGUUUUCUAAAUGGCCCAGACACUUGCCUCUCUGAGCCUCUCCAAGGUAGUUUGCAGUGUGCUGCUCCUUUGCCAUGUCAGAUCAGCAUCAGUCCUGUACAACUUGGACAUUACCAAUGACGGCCCCAUCACGACAGAAGCACAGGCUACGAUUCAUUCCACGUUGCGUAUGAAGGAUGGAGGCAACUCACCCGUUAGUGACCGGAAGUACCAUUUCAACUGGGUUUAUGCCCCUUUGACUUUGGUAGAGAGCUCCGAGCAUGGCGCGGACUCCACAAUUAUAGUGACCAGCCCAUUUCCUGGAGUCUUUCCUGUUUCCGUUCAGGUGACGCACACAGACUGCUGGCUCUGUCAGACCAUUGCAAGAAACCUAACGGUGCUAGAGGUGUCAGAGUUUAUAGUAGGAAAUCUGUCCAUUACCCAAACAGAGGACCAUGAGGUAUUUGACAAACUUGACUCCCGAACUCCAACAGGCGCCCAGACCUGGGUAUCAUUCUUACUUCAUGACCCAAGUAAUUAUUUCGAGUCAGCUUCAUUCACUUACAAAUGGGAUUUUGGAGAUGGAACCGAGAUGACAACAGAACACCCCACCGUCUACCGCAAUUACCCUACACUUGGGGUUUGCACCGUGAACCUGGAGGUGACAGCAGAAUGGAGACAAGAUGGGAGCAGGAUGGAGCAACCAAGGAAGAUGGUCCAGAAAACAGGGCAUUUUUCUGCUGCUUUGGAAUUGAUGGAUGCUGUCAGGGGUAUUAACAUUGUCGGAUCCACAGAGGCUCAUGUGAUGGAAAACUUAAAUUUAUCGCUGCAUAUCCAAGGCAGCCUGCCUCUCCACUUGUGCUGGUUAAUCAAGACCGAAUGCGUUCCGCUCGACAGGGACCACUGCCACCUGGUGGCGAUGAACGCUACGCACUACAAUCUGAGCCACGUCUUCAGGGAUGCUGGGCAGUACUGCCUUAGCGUGCGAGUGGAGAAUGGGGUCAACAUGUUGCAGUCGUACCAGGAGAUUCAAGUGAGGCCGUCAGGCAUCCACCCAGCUUUCUUAGCGCUGCCUUGCAUCACCCUCUUAUCAGCCAUGCUGGGGUUAGCUGCCUACGUGACGUUCCGGAGCAGCGCACAGCAAAAGGAUCUUGUGGAGGUUGCCGAUUUUGACUUCUCCCCGACAUCCGACACCUCACCUUCUGGCUCCAAGUGGAGCUGCCGUCAAAUGUGUUGCGAAACCUGCUGCCUCUGGCCAUCUCAGGAGUCUUGCGAGACGAUCCGAGAGCAUCACCGCCUCCUGCGCCCUUUGCGUGAGCCAGUGAAAAUGUACACCAUGUGAAGAACAGGAGCUUCGUUUGCCAUAUACUGCUGCUGUCUUGGCCUUCUCCUGUCCGCCUCCUCUCGUCUCCAUGCAGGGGUGCUGCAUGGACAACCCGUAUCUUUUGCUGGUGCAUGAAAAGUUGACAUCUGUGCUAGGGCCCUGGGUUGCAGAUUAUUUCACCAGGUCACCCGAAAAGAGCAGACUUGGAUCUGCACUGAGAAUGCAUUCUUAUGCAGCAGGGAUGGGGGAGCCUCAGCCCUUUGGGCCAAAUGUGGCCCUGCAGGUAUCUCCUCUGUCUGGCCCUUGGGACUGCUCCGCACCUUCCUUAAGUGCUUUUGCCUUGCUGGAUUUUGCCCUAGAACUUCCACAAUGCCUCUUGCUUGCCUAGAUGAAGAGAUGUGCUUGCGUGUGUGAAGCAUGCCUGAAAUGUAUCCUGUUGCCAGAUGGUAAGAGCCAUUGUGCUGCUCCACCUCUGGUCACGCCCACUUUUGCCACUGGCCACGGCUACCCCAGACAUGCAGACUCUGGAAGGGCUGUCCACGAGGGACUGUGUCCCUGCAGCUGAAAAAGGUUCCCCACUGCUAGGGCUGGGCGAUAUAUUGAUAUACAGUGGUACCUUGGUUCUCAAACUUAAUCCGUUCCGG